AUGGCGCUAUUGGCCUCCUGCCGCCGGCACCUGCUGUCCUCGCUUGGACCCCUGGGGGCUUCAUCCCGCGGUGCCUUACCGGGCGCCCGCGCGGCGUCGACCUUCGCGCUGCCGGACCUGCCCUACGACUACGGCGCCCUGCAGCCGCACAUCAGCGGCGAGAUCAUGGAGCUGCACCAUUCCAAGCACCACGCCACGUACGUGGCGAAUUUCAACAAGGCGCUGGAGGAGCUGGCGGAGGCGGAGGCCAAGAAGGACGCGGCCAAGCUGAUCACCCUUCAGGGGGCUUUGAACUUCAACGGGGGAGGACAUCUGAACCACAGCAUCUUCUGGACGAAUCUAUGUCCCAGCAAGGAUUGGGCGCCUCCCUCUGGAGAGCUGGCGGCUGCUGUUGAAGCACAAUGGGGCAGCCUGGAUGCUUUCAUAGCAAAGUUCAAUGCAUCAACGGCUGCUGUUCAGGGUUCUGGCUGGGGUUGGCUGGCCUACAACAAGACAGCUGGCAUCUUGGAAAUCGCAGCCACCAAGAAUCAGGAUCCACUGGUCUUGCAAGGACUUGUUCCACUUCUGGGGGUGGACGUCUGGGAGCAUGCAUACUAUUUGCAAUACAAGAACAAACGCCCUGACUACUUGAAGGCAGUGUGGAAUGUUGUGAAUUGGAAAGAUGUUGCUGAGCGCUAUGCUGCGGCAAAGGCGGGUUGA